AGCACUUAUGGAACUCAAGAAAGCUUCCGAUGAUUUGGAGAAAGAUCUGGCCGCUGACACACAGCGAGUACAAGGUGAGCUCAACUCACUUCUCAAACUUCAAUCCCGCGCUCAACACGCGCUGAGUUCCACCUGUGACACGGAGGUCCUGCAGGUGGAGAGAGAGAUGACACGGGGAGAAGGAAGCUCAGAGCAACUGAGAGAACGAGAAGAUGGACUGCCUGUCACGACUUACCGCCAUGUACUCCACGGUGACUUCUAUAACUACAUUGAGGACCGCUACAUGAAGACAUUUAUCGGGUCACCAGUCAAACAGAUUUUUCCAAGCAAGAAAACCGCAGACAUCGUUCGCGUGGGUCGAUUUGGCGAUAGAGGAUGUCGGGAAGUGCAUGCUAUGAGGCAGAGGAAGGACGGAAGUAUCGAUGUGUUUUAUGGCGGAACAGGAGGCGACUACUCUAAAGAGAAAGGUGUAAAUGUCAACUCUGAUGGUUCAAGAGGACCUGAGACAGACUACGGAAUGCGGAUAUCAUGCGUUACACGUAAGGAUGACAUUUUGCCAUGGGAAGAGCCAUCGUUCUGUCAUCUUGGUUCUAAGAAUAAAAGUAUGCAUUUGUUAAGUCAGGACUUUGAAACGGGUGUGUUUAGUAUCUGUUCAAUAGAAGAUGAACAAAGAGAUGAAAAAGAAACACUUACUCUUUUAUUGAGCCCACAGUUACACAGGGCACACAACUUUGAUUCAAACGAGCAAGGGACGUUCUUUGCUGCAGUAGACGAAGAUGAGAAUAAGAACUCAGAUGAUAAAUCAAUGAAAACAAACGAGAAUACAGAGGGUAGCCGGCGUUCCCGUGUUGUACGUCUGUAUUCUAACAAAUCUGACGACCCCAUAGCGACCUACAAGGAAAAGAACUUCUUCCCAUCAGACGUCUGCUUCUAUGGCAAAGACGUGCUGCUGAUCGCUGAUUGGAUGAACGACUGUGUGCACGUGACAACAGUAUCACACCGUGGCAUCAACUUUGUCUGCUUCCUUCCUGGCAGUGGUGACAUGGUGCGGCCCACAGCUCUGAACCUUGACCUUAACGGUCAGCUGCUGAUUGGAUGUAGUGAUGGAUGGGUCCUGAGAGUACCUGUCGUCUACUAGGACAGAUUUCCAGAUGACAUUUUCUAUUUGAUGUGGUAUAGUAUGAGGCAGUACAUUAGAACGACACCCACAGAACAUUGGAAAUCCAUCAUAGUCAGCAGCAGUUUCUAGCAUUCCAAAUGAUGAGCUUAAUUGGAAAUAUUUCAUUCUAGAUAUGAAUCUACGUUUGAGUGUAUUACUUGAUGAUUAUUGUUAUUAUAAUUACACAUUAUACUUCCAACACAGAAAUGCUUUAAAUUUACAACUUAGUUUUUGUAUGCCGUCUGUGUUGAUGUUACAUUAACAUAUUUAAUUACACUACUUAUUAUGUUCUUCUAUGCUAGCAGACUGAAUCACUAGUUCUGCAUUAAAAUCUCUGUAAUUUGAAGUAAAUGAGGGAAUAACGAUUAUCCAUAUUCUCGACAAUUUUGUAACAGUGUCAUCAUGCAUAGGUAGAAACACAAAUGCAUCGGAGAUCAUUUUCUUCCUUCGCUCAACAUCAUCAAUUGGAAUUACUGGAAAAUUGUCACUAUAACAGAUCUGAAGUGUUUUCUUUUAUUUGAGAACAAAUUUGCCAACAUUUGUAAGUAUUGUUUCUGACAUAUUAUGCUAACGUGUGCGCGUGCCACUUCUUUGUGUGUGUGUGCGCGCUCGCGCUUCUUUUUUUAUGUCGUUCAUUGAAGCACGUGUUGCCAGUCCAUGAACAGUGGAAUAAAGUGAAUGCCACUUGGUUUCAAGAAUGCUGAAAAUAAUGUCAUUUCUUGAUGAAACUCUUUGUUGGCUCAUUCUCUUCAGUAUGACUCCAAACGUGCCAACAGACAAUUUUGUAAAAGCAGGAGUAAGCCGAUGUAGUCAAGAACUUUAAGCACUACUUGAAACAGAUGUUUUAUUUAAAGUUCGUGUUCAAAAAUCUAAAUAGAGAAAUAACAUUUGGUGAAUACUGAGCUCUAUAUCAGCAACUAACUGUAUCUUAUGUUCAUAGUGAAAUUUUAAAAAAUGUGAAAGAAAAUUGUUACAUUAAUAGACUUGGUUUGUGUUUGUUUACACUCUGCAGCAUGUUAUCUUCGAUAAACAAGAAAUUGUUGUAAGUAUUCGACUAUUUAAUAAUUUACGUAUGUCUAAAAGUCCUCGUCAUACAAGGUUGACUAUAAUCGUAAUCAUCAUUGUGGUUCUUUUCCCAGACCAAAUAGUGUGUACAUAUUUUAUAUAUGCUGUUGUGUACAAAUUGCAUUUCAAAUCAGCUGCUGCUGUGUGCAAAUUUUGUUUGUACAUUUUCUCAAUUUGCUUUAAGCAGUUCUUGUUUGUUUGCUUUUUUGUUUGUUUGGUUUUUUUUCACCCACACCAGUUGGAUGUUCUAUGUUCUGGUUGCUAGUGUACUCAAGAGAACGUUGGCGGUUUGAGGCUUAUUUUAAACUUUAUUUAGGUAUCGAUAAGACACCUUUGGGCGAACGAAAGCUGUCUAUUUGUAUAACAAAAUACUGAUGUUCAGGCGGAGAGCAUGUCAAUCCAGAUUACAACUGCAAAGUCAGGUGGGCAUCUUAAACUAUGCUUGUCAAGUCGUGUGAGGGGAACACUUUUAACUUUGAUUUCUUGACAGUAUGUUGAGUGUGAAACAAGAUUGACACAAAAUUAAAUUAGGUUUCGAGUUAAAAAUAGAUUCUGAUGGACUAUCAUUUCUUUAUACUUUUAAGGGCAUUGUGUAUUACAAGACCUGCAGUGACAUCCAUUUGUACGUAGAUACUGGCAAUACCUGUCCUGGGAAGGUUGGGAGGAGGAGAGAUUAAGUCCUUUUUCUACUUUACACCAUUCAAAGCGAUAACAUGCUAAAAAUAGCGGAAAGGUAUCGCUCGUAAUACGUUUUACUCACAUCGGGAAUUUCCGGAGGAGAGGUCUACUCAUCUGCAUAGACAGGUAACACCCGUUGUCACCUGGAACACAGCGGACAGGGAGGAACGUUUGAUCACUGGAGCUUCUUGUCACAUUCUUGCUGUUCGAUCGACGUGCAGAAAUGACGAAAAAGGAAUUACCGGCGAGGAGGAAGUGCCGGAAAGAGGAAUUAUCGAUAAAGAGAGAUUCCGAAAGCAGCCGCCAAGACGGAUGAUACCGGUACAUGUGUGAGUACCAACAGAGGAAUUGGUGCUUGGAGUUCCUUGCAAAGGAAAGGAGCUUAUGUGGAGGGACGAGUAAUAAGAACCCGCCGAAACGGAUCUCUAACGACCGGAGGGCCUGGGAGCCUGGUAUCGUCUACCAGCAAGUGUGUUAUUUUUCAUGGAGAUCACAGUGUUGUGUGAGGGAAGUUGUUCGCAGGAGGAACAUUCCUAACGCUGAGGAUCGAGAGAGAGUAUCCUACAUCAAGUGGCAGAUGACAGGACUGGAAAGAGUAAGCUACACGAGGAGAAGUAAGUGAGGACGUUUACCAAAGGAAAAAUAGUUGUGUAUUCGCCAGUGACGCCUGCCACCUUCUCAGACAGUAAGUUGAACUAUUUUGUUAACAGAAGGAGAGACUUGCGUCUACUUAAAGGAACUUUAGAGAGAUUGAAAGAUAUUCUUCGCGUGUGUGAAAGUGAAAGAUUCUGUGACAUUUUUGAAUGUAAUAACGUGCUUAGAAAAGUUGUAGUUGGAUUUUGUUAGCAGUUUAAGAAACUGCAGAAGACCUGCCAGAGAGCGGUCUUGGAUUAAGUUAACAGUUUCAUUGAGUGUACUGCGUUAAUUGUAGUUGUGUACGGUGUGUAUGUUGGAAGUUUGGUGUGUAUAUUAAACGGACGUCCUGAACUGAGGUGAUCUCGUGUUUUCUUAUUCUUAAAGAAUGCGCAAGUCCGACAUCAGGUUGUGACAAUCACUCAUAUUGUAAUGAUUUUAUUUCAGGGAUGGUUUUCAAAAUGAACUAGGAGUUUAUAACUUGCUUAACAUUGGAACAUACAAAAAUUACUCAUCGAACAUGGCUGCUACUCAGGAUAACAUGACGUGUGCAGUCUGCACAGAAGUUUACACAUCACCGAGGUUUCUACCCUGUCAUCACACCUUCUGUCUUGAGUGUCUAGAGGAGCUGGCAAAGAGACAUGGAGACACCAUCCCGUGUCCUACCUGUAGAGCUCCUGUUACUGUACCGCCAGGUGGUGUGUGUGAUCUACAAGUCAACUUCUACUUCACGGAGGAAGCUCUGGAGAGGGCGCGGAGUGAGGGAAGUCGCUCCAUGUGUCCUGUACACAAUAAGGAGUGUGCUAUAUUUUUCUGUACACAGUGUGACCAAGCCAUCUGUAUAAGAUGUAAGCUGACCAAACACGAGGGACACGUUACAGAAGAUCUGUCAGAUGCAGUCGCUCGCUGUAAACAAACGAUUGAACAUGAACUGGAUCGUCUUGACGCUGCACUUGCUUAUAAUACAUUCACCAAAUUUAAUUUGAAACUAUCUGAUGAGCAUUUACAAGAAAAGAAAGUUGCAUUAGCGAAGCAGAUUCAAGUCCGGCAUGAUGCCAUCGUGGCUAUGGCAGGAAGAUAUCGUGACCAGGCGAUGAGAAAUCUUCAGAAAAUGUCAGAGAGUCUGAGGAACGAGUUUACCGCCAUAACACAGCCAAUAAUAGACGAGGAGAACUCUAUCUUCGAGCUUCAGGAACGAGCUGUACACGCGCUGAGUUCAGCCUGUGACAUGGAGAUCCUGGAGGUGGAGAGAGAGAUGACACGGAGAGGACGCGCCGAGCGGUUGACAGAACUAAGGGCUGGGUUGCCUACUUUAUAUUAUCUACCUGGACUCGAUGGGGAUUUCACUAACGACAUUGAAAACUGCGUCAAGAUGUACAUAGGAUCGCCAGUGAAGCUGACAAAACAGAUUGGAGAUAGUCACAGUUUUACUAUCAAUAGCAGAUGCGGAGAUGGCGAAUGUUGUGAGGUGCACGCGUUGCGGCAAAAGGAGGAUAAACGUAUCGAGGUAUUUUAUGGGGGAACGGGAGGUGACUUCUCUAAAGAGAGGUCAGGGAUUUUAAUGAAUUAUGAUUCUAAAAGAACUAUUGCUGAUCAAGAGUACGGAAAAAGAGUAUCACCAAUCACACGAAGAGAUCACAUAUUGGAAUGGGAAGGACAAGAGAAGAGAAUUCUUGCUUCAAAGGAUGCCGGCAUGUAUUGUAUAAAUCAGAACUGUACGACAGGUGAGUGUUUUAUAAGUUUAAUUAAGUUACAACAAACAGGAGAGAAGGAGACAUGGUGUUUCGGUCUUCCUUUAAUCCAUCCAGAAGUAAACAGGAUACAGAACUUUGAUGCUGACAAAGACGGGAUGUUGUUUGCUGUGGUAGACGAAGAUAAAGAUGAAACUUCAAAUGAUGAAUCAUGUAGGAGAGAUGGAAACAGCACGCGCAAAGAAAGGUCCCGUCGUGUUGUACGUGUUUAUUCCAAUCAAUCUAACAAACCUGUAGCCACCUAUACACCACCAGUACAACCGUUUUUCCCAACAGACGUCUGCUUUUGGGGCAAAAAGUUGUUGGUGAUUUCUGAUUGGAUGAACGACUGCGUACACGUUACACAGGUAGAUGACGAUGAGAUCACAUUUGACAGCUACCUGCCAGUCGACAUGGUGCGGCCAACAGCUUUAAAUGUUGGCUUUCAGGGCGAGCUGCUCAUUGGGUGUGGCGAUGGCUUGAUUCUACAAUGUUUGUUUUCCGCUUCUCUCUAUGAAAAGUAGAAGGUGUAUCACAAUUACAAAUUUUAUUUCAAAUCAGCUUCUGAUGUUUGCAAAGAUUUGUUUUAGACAUUUUCUUAAACAGUUGUGUUUAACCAGUUGCUGUUUUUUUUUCUUCAUCCACACUAAUAAGAGGUUGUAUAUUCUGGUUGCUAUUGUACUCAAGAGAAGGUUGGUGGCUUUAUGCUUGCUACCAUUGAUGACAGGAGCCUCGAGAUGAUACACAGACAUAGAGUCUGCGUUCUACCCUCUUUGCCCUAAACAAGGCAAAACACCAUCGUCGACAUUAGGUUAUGCUAUAUUCACUUGCCUUUCAUGUUACUUGUCCAUAACGAACUUUGUACCUGUCAAUGUUUAAUCCGUGAAUAAAAUAAUCCCAGAGAUAGUUUUUAGAUUGUGAGAAAACUCAGUGUCACCAGGUCACAUCAUGUCGGCUUUGCGCUGCAGGUGUCAGCUUAGCUUUUGUUUAUUUAACCAGCAGUGAAAGAAUGAAAGUCUGAUAAGAGUCUUGGAUUGAUGAUGUAUGAAACUAGUCAUAGAUGAAGUUAUCGUAUUCAUUACAUUAAUGAUAUUUUUGGAAAAGAAAUCUUUUACAGCAUUUCUUAUUACUGGCACUAGCAGACUGAUACACAUGUUCUGUACCUGCACCAGAACUCACAUUUUGAGUUAGUGUGUAUUUGAUGAAAUAGUCGAUCGAGCUGUCUUGUCAACAAUGACAAAUAAAUGAGUGUAUGUAUUUUUUGUCACAAAAUGUUAUUUUGUACUGGUAGAUUGCAUUGGUUAUGAGUGUUUUCUACACUAAUAUAUGCCAGUCUUAUAUCCGAUGAUUAGAUGUAGUCGUGUGAUGCUCAUCUUUUUCAAAAUAUUUUGGAAAUUUUCACGAAUACUGUAUAAAAUAGUGAUUAGUGAGUGAAAUGAACUGGAAUGUAUAUUUGAUGGGUCAACAUCCCUUUCAAAGGGGGGUGAAAUAUUGUUAUAUAAUCAUCAAUAGAAAAACAUAAACAGACAUAAAAAUGAGAUGGGUUUUGUCCCUUGUCGCUUGCUGUAGGGGUGGUGGAGGUGCGAGGGCAAGGAGGGGUCCCGGCGGGUAGUGUAGAUAGUUACCUAUUC